AGUAAGAAGUUAAACGACGGUCCGAUCAGUUCGAUCAAUUGUUGUGGUUGUCUUACAAAAAGAAUUUAAAAAGCGAAGAACUAAAUUUAUAUCCGAAGAGAACGGAAUUAACGUUCGAGUCAGUGCAAGUCGACACGAUUAUGUGAUGAUUAAUCAAUUACACUAAUAAACGGGCACACACAUAGUGAAACAAUCAAAGAGACAUUGUCGAAAUGACGUCCUCAUAUGGUAAUGAACUCAAUGAAAUUAUGAAGGAUUUAGCAGUCACUUACAAUGCAUCCAAUUCAUCGAACACUAAUAUGAUGGCUGAAGAUUUAUAUGAGGUACCAGUUGGACUCAUCAUUUUGAUGUCCGUAUGUUACGGUACAAUUAGCUUAUUGGCGGUAAUUGGGAAUUCACUUGUUAUUUGGAUAAUAGCCACCACCAAGUCCAUGCAAACUGUUACCAAUUUUUUCAUAUCGAAUUUAGCAUUGGCCGAUGUCGUUAUUGGUGUAUUCUGCAUUCCGUUUCAAUUUCAAGCGGCUCUUCUUCAGAGAUGGAAUUUACCCGAAUUUAUGUGCUCGUUUUGUCCGUUUAUACAAAUGAUUAGCUUGAAUGUAUCCAUUUUUACGCUAACAGCGAUUGCUAUAGAUCGACAUCGAGCUAUUAUGAAUCCAUUACGUGCAAAACCAACCAAAUAUGUCUCAAAGUUGAUAAUAUCUGGGAUUUGGUUCGUUUCGAUCAUAUUCUCCAUUCCAAUAGCUGUUGCACUCAGAGUCACUUUAGUGCUGGAGGAGAGAACUUUUAACGAUGGAAGAAUCGUUCAGUACCAAAAACCGUUCUGCGAUAAUAUAGUCUUGGACCCUUGGUUAAUGAGACACUAUAGGUACUUUUUGGUAUUCUUUCAGUACAUGAUACCGGUCUGCCUUAUUACUUUUAUCUACGUUCGAAUGGCUAUACGAUUGUGGGGUUCCAAGACACCAGGCAACGCUCAAAAUUCUAGAGACGUGUCAUUAAUGAGAAAUAAGAAGAGGGUCAUAAAAAUGUUAAUUAUAGUAGUUCUGCUUUUUGGUAUAUGCUGGUGUCCAUUGCAAGUUUACCAUAUUUUGCAAGUAACAUGGGAAUGCGUAAAUGAAUACAAAUACAUAAAUAUCGUUUGGUUCUGUUCAGACUGGUUAGCUAUGUCCAAUAGUUGCUACAAUCCCUUCAUCUAUGGUAUUUAUAAUGAUAAAUUCAAACGUGAACUCAAAAGACGAUUUCCAAUAUUUCGCCCGAAGGACAAUGCGUCCGAUAUGAGUGAACCAACAACCAUGACCAUGUAUUCGAACGUGAGCACUAUACGAAAUUGUAACUCAUAUUCAACACGAUUGAAGGAACCCAAUGGAUCAGACUUUGACCAGAAAAAGAAUCGAAAUCGACCUACCGAUACCAAGUCGGAUGAAAGAAAUGUUUUAUAUCAACCGAUUUGCAUCGAAUUGUCUACGAAUAAUUUUAGUUGUUGUUGUCACAGCAUGGGCAGCGGCAGCUGUUCUGGUAAAUCGGAAGCUGCAUUUUCCUCUUGAGAGUCGGAUACGUAUGUAACAUUAAAUUUAUCUUAAAUAUCGUUUAUUCAAUUAGUAUUUAAGCAAACAUCUAUUUGUUGUCUCUGAUAAUAGAUGAAGUGAAGAUUGGCCAAUGUGUCCAACUAGUUAAAUGGAAAUCGAUAAUAAUUAAAAAAAUAAAAUUAGGCAAAAGAUGGAAGCAUGUCCAAUUAAAAAAAUAAAUAAAAACAUAACUAACUUUUAAGUCCACAAGAUAUCAGGCCGAACCACGAUCGGAGAGUCGAGAAAAUCAAAAGAAUAUCUAAAAAGAAAACGGGACACAUGGUCAUAUGCGAACAGAUGAGAUUUUAUUUUUAAGAAUGUAUAGCUAGUAAAUGGCACUGGGACUAUUUUUGGGAAAAGAUUUUACCAUAUUUUCUUAUAU